AUAGGAAAGACAAGUAGUUCUACUUCCGGAAUGCCCAUGAGCAUCAAAACAACAUGGCGCCGACCAAGAGCAGCAACGUGAAGGCAGAUGCCUCAAAAGAAAGUAAUGUAAAGUCAUCGAAAAAGCUUAUUAAUGAUAAAGUGGAAGCUAUUCUUCAAAGCCGAAAACAUGCAAACGAAGUGUUCGACCUCCUGGAAUAUUUGCAGUCUGGCAAAGAAAAAGAGGCUAUGUCUGCUGUCAGUGCCUGCGGGAAAUUGUUUGUGGAUUUGAUGGAGAGAGGUGACUUGUUCGUCGGCAAACUGCCCCAAGAAGAGGAAAUGAUGGAGGGAGAAUAUAGCGCGGAUGACAAAUACCGCAUGUUCAUGAGACACAGGUAUAAUGGCUGCACAGAACAGCUGCUGGAGAACAUGGAACACAACUCUUACCAAGUGAAGGAGACGUCCCUAUGCACACUUAUGAAGUUUGUAUCGACAGAGGGCAAGUUUCCUCUCCAGAAGUUGGACUGGUGUGAUCACUACAGUUUCCCCAGAGAACUUGUACAGACGGUGGUGCAGCGUCUGCUGUGUGAGGGGGAGGACAUGUCCAUGCUCAUCUCGCGGUUUCAGGAGUUCCUGGAGAUGGACGACGUGCGCUACUACGUCAUGUGCUCCGUCCGCGACCACGUGGCCAAGGUCAUGGAGAGGAAUAAAGGAGCGGUGAUGCCAACAUUCCAGAAUAACGUGUUUACUCUGCUCACCACCAUCAACAUGCCCAGUCAGGAGUCGGAGCUCAGCAACUUCAUGGUCAAGCAAGGAGCGAAGCAUGAUGACUGGAAAGCAGCAAAAUUUAAGGAGCACCGGCGUGUCUUUGAGAGGACGUGGCUGGUGUUUCUGAAGUAUAAGUUGCCAGGCAGCAUGUACAAGAAGGUUCUGGUGAUUCUACACGACGCGAUUCUCCCGCACAUGAGCGAGCCAACACUCAUGAUCGACUUCCUCGCAGCUGCCUACGAUGUUGGUGGAGCCAUCAGUCUACUGGCUUUGAAUGGCCUGUUUAUCCUCAUGCACGAGCAUAACCUAGAGUACCCAGACUUCUACAACAAGCUCUACAACCUGCUGGACCCCUCAGUGUUCCAUGUGAAGUACAGGGCGCGCUUCUUCCAUCUGGCCAACCUCUUCCUCUCCUCAACGCAUCUUCCGGUGUACCUGGUGGCUGCGUUUGCCAAGCGUCUGUCUCGGCUGGCCCUCACGGCCCCGCCUGCCGCCCUGCUCAUGCUCCUCCCCCUCAUCUGCAACCUCAUACGCCGCCACCCCUCCAUCAGAGUGCUCAUCCACAGACCCAGUGCUGAGGAGGAGCCUUGUAAUGACCCGUACAUCAUGGAGGAGCAGGACCCUGCACAGUGCCACGCUCUGGAGAGCAGCCUAUGGGAGGUCAAGACUCUGCAGAAUCAUUACCACCCCGACGUGGCAAAGUCAGCCCAGUUCAUCAACCAACCAUUAUCCAAAACGGAGUACGACAUCAGUAAGCUUCUCGAGCUCUCCACCUUUGAGCUGAUGGAGAGGGACCUGAAGACGGCUCCUAGCACGGUUCCCCUGGAGUUCGAUAAGGCCACACAGCUCCUUCAGGGCUCUAGGGAUGUGCUGGGGGUGCAUUUUUGUCUGGAGUAAAUGUGCAAUGCAAUAAAGCUGUUUUACCUAACUUUUCACUUCUUGUUUUUUUAUAUAUAUAUUACAAUUGUAACAGUUUCAUUCAUUCUUUGUACACAUCUCCACAAACAGAAAUAAAAACAAACUUUUCAGAUG